AGUCCAGUCAGUCGUCCCCUACCAACCACCAAGCAGAUUUCGCCAUGGGACAUCGGGUCUUUGGCUUGAACUAGACCUAUCGGUUUUCUUCGAUGCCCAAGCACGUCUAGCUUGGUACGGUACGGUAGUAGCUCAGUCGAGGCGAGGACAAGAAGAGAUUGAGUAGAUUGGAAUGACGGGUGUCCCGGUCACAGACGACGAAGGCGAAGGCGAAGAGAUGGUGUUGCAAGAAGAAGAUCUACCGAGCCAUCAAACGCUAGAAGAAGAAGAAGAAGCCAAUAAGGAAGAUGAUGUUGUGAGCGCGACGACUCUGGAAGGAUCGAUAGCGAUAGCGAGUGAGAAGAAGGAAGAAGGAAAUGCCCAUUUUGCCAAUCAACGAUUCCUGCAAGCCAAGGAAUCGUACCAGCAAGGUGUGGCGGCUUUGACGGCCGUGGGUAUCAUCCAUAGCGAUGACAUGAACGACACUACUACUGUUGAACAACUCGACAAGAACAACAUGACCAAAGCACUCUGCGUGUCGCUGCAAUCCAAUUUGGCGCAAGUCUGUCUCAAGCUGCAGCAUUACAAGCAAGCCGAACAACACUGCUCUGCCGUGAUUGAGGAUUGGGAUGAGAGUGUUGCGAAAGUCUGGUAUCGCAGGGCAUUGGCACGAGAGAAAUUGGGAAAUCUAGACGCGGCCGUGGACGACUUGACCAAAUCCAUACGAUUGUUGCAAGCGCAAAAACAGGAUGAACAAAUGAAAAAGACCGCCUUGCAAGCUUUUGAGCGAGUCCGCAAGCAAAUGUCGACAAUAAGCAGUCAAAAGAACAAAGACAACACGAGUAAUGAUAAUGAUACUCCAACCAGCAGUCCGCUUCUUAAUGGCCUGGUCAAUGGACACCACCAUCACGAGCCACCACCACCACAAGAAACGACUGCUACUGCUCCAGCAGUCGCAAUAGUACCACCGGAGCCCUUUACGAUUCGACCAUCCCCCGAAGAACAAAAGCAAGCCGUCACCAAAUUGCUCAAAUCACGAACCGUAGCACUCCAACAAAAUCUACAGGUCGGCGAAGCCUUGUUCCUCAUUGACUGGGACUGGUGGUCCCAAUGGUGUCGUCAUGUCGAUUUGUUCUCCUCUUCAGAUAGUAACACUAAUUUUGAAACAACCAGCAAACGAAUGCUGGCACUCUUGCCGGCCGGAGCCAUCUUGCCAGUGACCAACAACGAGACAAAAGCCAAAAAGGAUACUACCAAACAACAAGAAAAAGCCAGUGAUGAUGAUGAUGAUGAUGAUGACACCAGCAUGGAAAGUAGCGACAGCGAAGAGGAUGGCGACCAAGAUGGUCCUCCGGAUCCCAUUGACAAUUCGCGGUUGCUCAUGCCCACGCUGCGAAAACAACCUUCCAAUAGCACUACAACGAUCAAGUUUUAUCAACAGUGGUAUCGACAUUUUCAACCACCACCGGCAUUGGAAGACGACUUGGGUGGUGACACACCACCGCAGACGGCACUCCGACCCAAUCUGGUACGAGGAUAUCAUUACGAAAUAUUGCCACGAGAAGUCUACUGUGCCCUCAAGAGCUGGUAUCGGGAAUUGACACCACCCAUUUGUCGACGCACUACCAAGAAGAAAUCGCAAUCCAUCUUGACUAUUGACUUGUAUCCAACGCCCGCUACAACGACAAUAACAGCCAGCAAGCACAAGUGUGCGGCGUGUCGAGCUCGAACGGCUACCAAACGAUGUACCCGUUGUCUCAUGGUUUGGUACUGCGACCGAUCGUGUCAGGAAGCUCAUUGGAUAUUUCACAAGGUCCUUUGCAGCAAGAUUGCCAAGAAUAACAACAACAAUGGCACCAAUAUCAAUAAUCAUAUACCACCGACCGCCGAAGGACGAGUGGGACUCAACAAUAUGGGAAAUACUUGCUUUAUGAAUUCCGCACUCCAGUCAUUGUCACACGCCACACCCCUGACAAGACAUUUCCUUUCCAAUCAGUUUCAAAAAGAUCUCAAUCCGCAAAAUCCAUUAGGUACCGGGGGAAAGCUCGCCAAUGCCUACGGCACGGUCGUCAAGGAACUCUGGUGGGCUUCGGCUUCCACCGGAGGGGGUGUGGCCACCAGUCCCACGGCUCUCAAACGAGCCAUUGCGCUGUUUGCACCGCGAUUUGCCGGAUGUCUACAGCACGAUUCACAGGAAUUCCUGGCAUACUUGCUCGAUGGACUGCACGAAGAUUUGAAUCGAAUCCGAAAGGCACCUUACGUGGAAAUGCCCGAUUUUGACAAUAUCCGAAACAAUGCACAUACGCGUGUGGCGGCGUCCCAGGCAUGGGAAUGUCACCAGCGGCGGAAUGACAGUCUCGUCAUGGAUACCUUUUACGGACAGUUCAAAAGUACUUGCGUGUGUCCGUCCUGUAACCGAGUCAGUGUCAGUUUUGAUGCCUUUAAUCAUGUGAGUCUGGAGAUUCCCACUCCGCUCAACCAAUCGACCACCUGGCUAAGUCUGUGGGUCUUUCCGGAUCGGGGCAGCAGCAACAACAAAAACAACAGCAACAAUAAUGUUUCACCCAAGGGGGCUGCGGCCGUUAGAUAUGCCUUUGCGUUUCGGAGGAACAAUCUCGUGGCCGAUUUGCGACAGGCAUUGAGUGAAGUGACUGGAAUUCCACCCACUCACUUGGUGAUUUGCGAAGUGAGCGAUCACACCAUUGUGGAAAUAUUGCACGACAACAAGUCCCUUGGGACUAUCCGACAGGACGAGAUCGUGACGGCUUAUCAAGUCGAUCCUUACACCUCGACGUCCAUUCAUAUUAUUGUGUCCCAUUCGCUCGUGGAAGCAGCAACGGAUCAAGACGGGUCACCAACCAGCAUCCCUCUUCGUGAUAACUUUGGGUUUCCCUUUUUGACUUCCUGCAGCGCAUUGAUGACCUGUCGUCAAUUAUGGGAGCAUACGUGGCUGCGAGUCCGCCAUAUGGUCAUGCCCCUCACGGAGGAAGGCGACGAAGAAGACCUAGACAUGGAACUCGAGGAUGCGUACCGUCAAUUGCUCAAGAUUCGAGUGACGGAUGCCGACGGCAACCUCGAUCCGAUCUUUCCGUUGAAUGCUCCAGACCGCGAUGCCAAAAGUGAUGAUGACGAAGAGGAGGAAGCGCGUACGGCUUACAUGCCGCAAGAUCUGGACGAGAAAAUAUCGUCCUUUCUAGGCGAGGACUGCACUUCUCGUUUUCUGUUCUUGUCCCUUGAAUGGACCGAAACAAUGGACACCCCACCAGAGUGUUUGAAACAAGCUGGCUCCGCGCAAGGUGGAAACACCAACAACAAGAAGAAAAAGAAAUCAAAAAAGAACAACAAGCCAAAGGCUGUGCCCAAGACAAUCAGCGUCAACGAGAAACGUUUCGUCACGUAUACGGACCACCCUUGCUACGCCGAGUGCGUUAAGAAGAAGCGCGAGAUGGAUGGGAUUCGGGGUGUGUCGCUCGACCAGUGCUUUGAGACGUUCACAAAGCCAGAACGCCUGGACGAAAACAACAUGUGGUACUGCUCCAACUGCAAAGAGCAUGUUCGUGCACUGAAAACGAUGGAACUCUGGAGGCUUCCCAACGUACUCGUUGUGCAUUUGAAACGUUUUGAGUUCCGCCAUGGCUUUCGGCGGGACAAGCUUGCCACUUUUGUUGACUUCCCGCUUGAAGGCUUGGAUAUGAGCAAGCACUGUGCGCAGUGGAAGACCGAUGGCGAUCCUCCUGGACAGCUCUAUGUGAAUGACCACAUUCCUGCCGUCUAUGAUUUGUUCGCCGUUGUCAACCACUUCGGGCGCAUGGGAUUUGGCCACUACACUGCUUACGCCAGAAAGUGGGACGAAGAGGAGCUAUCGAUGGAUUGGGCUCUCUUUGACGAUUCUAGUGUGCGACCGAUCGGAGACGGGCAGGGUGGGGGCGUGGAACAGGUUGUCUCGCCGGCAGCGUAUGUGCUGUUCUAUCGCCGCCGCAACUUCAACUAGCUAAUUGGAAUCGAACCUUCAAUGCGCACCAGCAGGUCGCAGCCGACCUCUAGAUACAAUUCCGUCAGGUUCUUUGCCUUUGCCUUAGGCUUAGAAUAGAUGGCUAGCAGCAUAGUAGAUGAAUUUUGGUACUCUGG